AACCUUUUAGUUUCACAAAAACAUGGAUAGAAGGCCACACAAACAACACCAGUUGCACUCUCCGCCUUGCGCCCACGCCCACACCACGAAAAUCUAGUCUCACCCACAUUCCGGAACACCUCUGAAUCGCUAAAAGAUAAGAUUUUGCCAAACACCCAGAAAUCCAUUUUUCUUCAAACCUCUUCUCAAUCCAAUAGAACUAGCAAAAGUGCUUUUUUCUUCUGUUUUUGCUUCUGGGGCACACAGUGUUUGUGCCCAGUUGAAAGAGUGUUCCUCAUUCCAAGGGAUGAACGUUGAGGCAAAGGGAAGGGUGAGACGAAAAGGGUCUUCUUCUGCAUGAGUUGGCCAAAAACUUUCUGGUUUUUCUUCAAGCAGCAACUAUGGCUAUUGCUUCGGCCACCCUCUCUUUCCAUUUUUGUAGAUUCUCCAUUCAUCAAGCUCAUUCGUUGUCGUUGCGGAGUUCCACUCGAAUACGCCAUCGCUUCCCUUCUUGUAGAAGGUUGAACCUGAGUUACCCUUCUGCUUCUCAUAGAUUUGCUUGUUUUAGUUCCAAAUGUUCAAUAACAAAUACUGAUGUACAAUUGGACCAUGUCACCACCAAUGAGGAUCAGUGUGAGGGAGUGGUGUCAUCUAUGGUUGAAUCUGAAUGUGCGGUGGUGCCGGUUAAACUCCAACCUGAUAUUAUGGAUACUGAGUCCUUGAACAUACUCUCUGAAGCAACAUUUGUAGAUACUCUCUUGACAGCAUUACCUGUUUUGUCUGAAGAGGAGCAACAUGUCCUUGCUGCUACUCCAGCCCACCCAGCUGGGUUAUAUGCUUUCUAUACUAGUUGUGUAGCUGCAAAUUUUGUGGAGCAGCUUUGGAAUUUUGCUUGGCCUUCUGCCAUUGCUUUGAUUCAUCCAAGCCUUUUGCCUGUUGCUGUGGUGGGUUUCUUCACCAAAGUGGCUAUAAUUGUUGGAGGUCCCUUGGUUGGAAAAGUUAUGGACCAUUUGCCCAGAGUGUCUUCAUAUAAUUUCUUAACUAUCAUUCAGGCAACUGCUCAAUUGCUAUCUGCAAUGAUGAUCAUCCAUGCCCAUUCGGUGCCUCCUACUUCGGUGUCCACUCUGCUUCUGCGUCCAUGGUUUGUAAUAUUGGUUUCAGCCGGGGCUAUUGAUAGGCUAUGUGGUAUAGCUUUAGGAGUUGCAAACGAGCGUGACUGGGUUGUGUUGCUGGCUGGAGUGAAUAGACCGAUUGCACUUGCACAGGCAAAUGCUGUUCUAAAUCGAAUUGAUCUCCUAUGCGAGAUAGCUGGGGCAUUGCUGUUCGGAGUCCUUCUUUCAAAAUUUCAUCCUGUAACCUGCUUGAAAAUUGCUUCUGGCUUAAUGAUGGGGUUACUGCCUGUUUCUAUUGUUUUAACAUGUUUAGCCAACAAGCUUUCCACUGGUGUUCUUGACCGGCCUAAACCAUCACAAACCUGUUGCAGAACAUUCAGUGAAGAUUCUGCACCAGAUGCUGACAGUAUAGUGGUUAAAGGUCUGGAUGCUAUCAAGCUCGGCUGGAAGGAGUAUCUGGGUCAGCCAGUUCUUCCGGCUAGUCUUGCGUGGGUGCUCCUCUACUUCAAUGUUGUUCUUACGCCAGGCAGUUUGAUGACAGCAUAUUUAACCCAGCGUGGCUUGCAUCCAUCUAUUAUUGGAGGAUUCAGUGGAAUGUGUGCUUUUAUGGGUGUUGCAGCAACAUUUGUGUCCUCAACUCUGGUCAAGAAAUUUGGCAUUUUGAAGGCUGGGGCAGUUGGGUUGGUGUUUCAAGCUUUCCUUCUCAGCUUGGCUGUUGCUGUAUAUUGGAGUGGAUCAGUAUCUCUCCAGAGCCCUCUUCUUAUAUUCUUGUUUCUGAUUAUUAUGUCACGGUUGGGACACAUGUCAUAUGAUGUCGUAGCGGCACAGAUUCUCCAAACAGGGAUCCCGUCAUCCAAAGCAAAUCUCAUUGGGACAACAGAGGUUGCUGUCGCAAGUUUAGCAGAGUCUAUAAUGCUUGGUGUUGCCAUAAUUGCAAAUGAUCCUUCUCAUUUUGGAUGUUUGGCAAUGUUGUCUCUUCUAUCAGUGGUUGGCGCAGCAUUGAUGUUCUGCAGAUGGUUGAUGAAUCCCACCGAUGAACAAAGAAGACUUUUUUCUUAUGAUCCUCAGUUUUGAUAUUUUGUUGUUCCAUCAGCUUCCUUAUUGCAAAAACAGUUGGAUGUGGACAAGAACCAAAAAUAUAUUGGAAAUUGUGGUUGAUUAUUGUCCACCAGUUACAGGAGCCUGUGACGUUUUCUUCUCAACAUGGUCAAAGACAUUCAUUGUAUAGUCAAAUAGUUUGUUUUGUUUGCCUUUAACUAUGUAAAUGCUUAUCAAAUUGAAUUUAGCUAGGUUUCUAGGUCCACCACCACGUACAAACAAACGUUUUUUGUAUAGCAUAAAUCAAUUUUUGAAAUUCUUUCCCGGGGUUAGAAAUUUGAAACAGACUUGUUUGCAGUGAUUGUGAUAGGGUUUGAUAAUUCCUAGGGAAAUCACACGGUGAAUGCUGUACACUUCUAUUUUGAUUUGACUUACAGGGUCAGGGAUUCAUUUUAUAAGAAAUUCCAAAAAAGUGAAUAGCCAUAUCUUUUCUGGUUCA